AUGUCUAACGAGGUUUCCAACACCCGGCUCUACCUGGGGAACCUCCCUCCAAAUGCUACCAAGGCCGAUAUUGAGGCGCACUUUGCCACGCAUGGCACCGGAGAAAUCACAGAGGUCAAGCUCAUGCACGGCUUUGGCUUCAUCGAAUACAAGGAUCCCAUGGAUGCCCGAGACGUCGUUCCUGCCUUUCACGGAUCCGACUUCAAAGGAACUCGACUCACGGUCCAGUUUGCGCGUGGUCCCCGUCCUCGUGAACCGCCAGGUUACGCGGGCGGCGGUCACCACGAGCGAGCGCCUCCUCGGCCCCGACGAACCGUACACCGAAUGACCAUCACCGGACUUCCCAACGAAACCAGCUGGCAGGAUCUCAAGGACUUUGGGCGUCAGGCUGGCCUCGACGUCGUCUACUCGGAAACAGCCCGCGACUCGGGCAGAGGCUUCGUUGAAUAUGAGAAUGCUGGCGACCUGCGCACCGCUGUAGAGAAACUCGAUGGAUGCGAGUUCAAGGGCAAGGUUGUGCAGUGCAUCGUCGACACUCAAGCCGAAGUGCCCACCAGCCGACAGCGCGGGCGUUCCCGUUCCCCCGGCCGUCGCCCUUAUAAUGCGCCACCCUUUGACGACCGCCCUACGGAUACAGAGAACGUAGCCCUCGCCGCGACUAUUACGACGACAGAGCCGGAUACCACUCGCCUCCCCGGCGCCCGAUGGAGGACUAUCCUCCGCCCGCUGGACCGCGAGGACACUACGACGAGCCGUACCGCCGCGACUAUCCGCCACCCCCGCCACCUGGACCGUAUGGAGGUCGCCCCUACGACCGCCCUCCGCCUCCCAGAGACUUCCCACCCCGCGAAGGCCCGCCGCAAUACCCCCGAGAUGGGGGCUAUGGCCGGGACUAUGACCGUGGUGGACGCUACUGAUGACUCGCGCAACGAAAAAUGUGACGCGGCUGUCCAAAAAAACGUCUAA